AAAAACAGGAAGCUCGAGGGGACACCCUUUUUCACAGCAUAUUCUAGACGCUGACUUGCCUCAGGGGUUUAGAGAACUUAACAUCUGGUACGACGGGUCGACUGACCCCUCUCGACAUCUGAGGAGUUUUGAAAACAUGGCGGUAUUGCACCGCUACAAUGAUCCCGUUCAAUGUCGAGCAUUCCUGAUGACUCUGCGAGGACCUGCGCAAGACUGGUUUCAUCAAUUGCCCCCGGGAGCCGUCAGGGACUUUGACGAAUUUAGUCCAAGUUUCCUGAAUCAAUUCGCAAGUGUAAAGGCCCAAGAAAAGUCUUACCUUACCCUGAUAGGCAUGCAAAAGAAAGAAGGAGAAUCAUUGAGGGAUUACGUGGCAAGAUACACUCGAGCAUGUGUCGACGUCCCCUCAGCCACUGAGGAAAUCAAGUCGGGGGGACUCACUAGAGGACUCCUCCUGGGAUUGUUCAGAAAUUCCUUGGCAAAGCGACCCGGGAGGACGUUCGAUGAG